AUGCAUCUCUCAACUAUAAGUGCGCUUCUUUUGGUUGCCCUGGCAGAGGCCGCGCCCUACGCCAUUCCUAACAGGCAGCGCACAAAAAAGGAGCCGGAUUACCCCAAAAGAUGCUACCCCGACCCCUGCAAAGGAGUGACCUAUGUGAACUCCACUGCAAUUUGCGGUGACCCACGACUUGGUCCGAAGAACCUCCCUGGAUUCUUCCCUCUCUCCAACGAGAUCGCGACAUACUCCCGCUUCGGCGAGCUCUGCCCAAUCGAGUUCUUGGAGAAAUGGACCGUGAACGCUUCCGACCCAAGUGGUUAUUGGAUCUAUCCAGAGAACGACGGAUUCGCCCUCACCACCGAAGAUGAGUCUAUUUUGGGGACUUUCACACUCCAAGUGGGUCAGAAGCUUGAUAGAUUCGGAUCUGAAUAUGGAAAGUUCCUGGCACCUCUUGGAGCCCCAUAUAUCGAGCGAUCCCUGCCACCAUCCAAUCUUUUCGCGCCUCCCAAAAGCAGCGUCCCGUACAACUACCAUGUCUACGAAGUGAUCAAGGAAUUUGAUAUUCUCUUGGGACCCAUUGCGCCUUGGUUCGAGCAGCCUGGCUUUGGAUCGCAGAUUUUGGCUCCGUCCAGUGUGAUGAAUCUGCUGGAAGGGGGAUUCUUGAAAAGAUUGGAAUUGGCAGACUAUGAUGAAGCUGAUGAAUACUCUGCGGGUUAUCUGCCUGCUCCCCCCAAGCAGUCUUCCACCUAA